AUGACCGCGACCGAAUUGACGCCCACGUUGGACGUCCAGAGCCUCUUCGGUCUACCUCGAGGCACCGUGGUUCUGGUGACGGGCGGAGCGCGCGGGUUGGGCAAGAUGAUCGCGACCGGGUUCGUCCAAAACGGCGCGAAGGUCUACAUCUCGUCGCGCACCACCAAGGCAUGCGAUGAGACUGCAGCGGAGCUCAAUGCGCUCGGGCCGGGCCAGUGCGUAUCCCUACCCGCCGACUUGAGCAGCUACGACGAGUGCCAGCGGGUCAGGGGCGAGCUAGAAAAGGAGGGCUCCCUGCAUGUUUUGGUGAACAACUCGGGACGGACAUACGAGGCCCCGUUAACUGAACACUCCGACCAGGCAUGGGACGACUUGAUGACGCUCAACGUCCGCCGGGUCUUCACUCUGGUACAGGCCCUCUCGCCACUGCUCGAGGCCGGUGCGGCUGCCGGCACUGGUCGCAUCGUAAACAUUGGAAGCAUGUACGCUAUCAGCGUGACGGGCAAUGAGAGCUACGCGUACUGCGCGAGCAAGGCGGCGCUGCACCACCUUGGGCGGCACCUCGCGCUGAACCUCGGCCCGCGGGGAAUCACCGUAAACACGCUCGCGCUCGGCGCGUUCCCAACCGACAUGUUGGCAGAGAGCCUCGACAACAGCAUCGAGGAGAUCGCCGCAGGCGUGCCCCUCCGCCGGCUGGGAAGCGCCGCGGAUAUCGCAGGGACCUGCAUCUACCUUGCCAGCCGGGCUGGCGCGUGGACGACUGGUGCGGUCAUUCCUGUCGACGGAGGUUCGAUGGUCGUCCCCCAAGGCGUGUUGUAA